AAAAACCUGGAGAACAAUAAUUACGACUCGACCAACGGCCCGUUUUACCGACUGGGAGGUACUUACGGGUAGAAGUAGACGCACCUCGGGGACUGUGCAGGAGCUCUUUCAAACCUUAUUCAAGCGCACGUGCAUUGGGCACAUUCUCAUCACACGCCAUCCAUCCCUGUUCCAAUAUCACCUGAGCAUCGCGUAUGAGCAGCGAACCCAAAGGCAGCACGCCAGGAUCAAUCAGCCCGCUCAAUCCUCUUGCUCGAGUCAAUACCUAUCCUCAAGCAGAGUUCACUAUUCCGCCGUUGGAUACGCUAUCACCAUGCCCAAGUGCCCCAACUCAAACCGCCAAUGCCCUGGCAUCAGCCAGCUGCAAGGAGAGUCACCUAAACAGCACUGCAACUGGAUAUGAGAAGUCUCGCCAGCCUCAUGAUGACGACACUCGAUCCAUGACCUCGACUGCUCAUGCCGAGGUGACCUAUCCAGAAGGCGGCUUAGGCGCCUGGUCUGUUGUUCUCGGAUCCUUUCUAGGCCUCAUUGCCUCGUUGGGUAUGAUGAACACGGUCGGCAUCUACCAUGCCUACAUUGCCAAGCACUACCUGCAAGACUACAGCGAGUCGACCAUCUCGUGGAUCUUUAGCGUAUACGUGUUUCUGUCCUUCUUCUGUGGACUUCAAAUCGGCCCCAUCUUUGACGCCCAUGGUCCGCGGCUCCUGGUGCUGGCUGGUAGCAUCUUGCUGUGUCUGUCAAACUUUCUCCUUGGCAUAUGCACCCUGUACUGGCAGUUUUUCCUCGUCUUCGGGGUACUUGGGGGUCUGGGCACGUCGCUGAUCUUUACUCCUGCUUUUGCAGCAAUCAGCCAUUUCUUUCACCAGAAGCGAGGCAAUGCAACAGGUAUCGCUGCAGCCGGAGGGUCGCUGGGUGGCGUCAUCUUUCCACUGGCCCUGGAGAGGCUGUUACCUACAAUGGGGUUCCCAUGGGCCACCCGCAUCGUUGCCUUCAUCAUGCUCUUCUGCUGUAUUGGUGCCUGCAUCCUCAUCCGCUCUCGACUGCCACCAAAGCCUGGUCAGUCGGUGUGGCCCGAUUUUAGAAUCUUCAGCCACAAGAGCUACCUUCUUCUCACCGUAGGCAUCUUCAUGAUGGAAUGGGCGCUCUUCAUUCCAAUCACUUACCUCACCACCUUUGCGGUGAGUACUGGUGCGUUCAGUCCGUCCUUUUCAUACCAGCUGGCCGCCAUUUUUAACGCAGGAAGCUGCAUCGGUCGCUGGCUUCCGGGCCUGCUGGCCGACAAGUUGGGUCGGUUCAACAGCAUGAUUGCCGCAUUGGCAACUUGCUCUGCCACAUCGUUGGUAUUCUGGCUCCCAGCAUCGCUCCUCACGCCCACAACUGAAUCGGCAUCCACGGCCAUCAAAGGUUUGUCAAUUGUCUAUGCUGUCUUAUUCGGAUUCGCUUCUGGCUCCAACAUCUCCCUUACACCAGUAUGCGUGGGCCAGCUCUGUGAUACGAAUGUCUACGGACGGUAUUACGCUACUUGCUAUACCGUCGUGAGCUUCAGUACCCUUACUGGCAUACCCAUUGCAGGAGCAAUCAUUCAGACUACUGGCGGACACUACUGGGGCGUAGUGAUCUGGACUGCGGUUUGUUACAUUAUCGCUUCACUCUGCUUGGUGUGGAGUCGAACUUUGCAGGUCGGCUGGAAGCUGGGAGUGAAAUUCUGAGAGAUUACGCAUUCCUAGUGCACUUACUAGAAGGAACGCUGGGUGUGUAGCGAUUCUAGCAAGUGACCUACUAAACUACGCGCUAUCGCGUACAUGAUACAUGGUGUUGUGGAGGACUAAAUUGUUAUCGAAUAAGAGGAGUUGGAGAGACGGAGAGGAGGGCGAAUACAAAUUGAAAUAGGUGGCCUGGUUUCUCGGUAGGCGAAGUUUAUCGCGUUACUAUUACACUCGUUUUUUGCUCAAUAUCGUUAGAUACGGCACGUUCCUUCAGGACUGCCCCAAUUCAUGAAACAAAAAAGUACGGUCAUUUCUCGCCGCUCUAUCU